AUUUUUGGUGUAAGUGUAGCAUGGUCCUAAAUUUAAUUACUAAACUGAACUUUUAACUAAGCCCAGCCCAUUUAAUCUCUCUCUCUCUGUUUUUUUGUCGUUGUCUUCUCCCCCCUUUCGCGCCAAUUUAGCCCUAGCCUGCAGGCUGCAACAAUGGUAACAGGGAUUUCUCCAUCUGCAGCUCCGGAGGAAGGAAUUUUAGAUCUUUGGCCCAUUGAAGGCAAAAGAUCUUCACUUUGAGGAAAUUAAAGAAAUACAAGGAGGAGGAAGAUAGUUAUUCUUGUCUUCUUGAAGAUUUAACUAUAGUGGGGGAGUGGUUGGUUAUGGAACCAGUGCAAGGAGGGGCAGAAGCAGUACUAAAGCUUCAACCGAACGCAUCCGUUUCUAUUGCCUACCAUCCUCUCUUUGGACCCCAUGAUGAUCUAAUGCUUCUCGAACUUGAUGAGAAAUUCGUCCCUGAUUUUCUACACCAAAGUGUAACAUUGAGAGGGCAACCAGACGAAGAUGCAGUGCUGUGCACAGAGUCAAAAACAUAUGCCCUCAAAUUUGUAGGGACAUCAAACUCCGUUUGCCUUAUUCCUCCAAUGGACCAAUCAAUCUCAGAGGAUGUUACUAUGCUGAGUAGUAAUGACAAGACAACUGUUUCUUCUGUCCUGAAAGUGGCACCUGGCUGUAUGGAACUGGUCGAGGUUGCUCCAAGAUUGGACAAACUCAAAAUGCUUCUCUCCAAGAAUCCUUAUAGUUUUGAUGACGAAGACAAGGCUUCUGAAAUGGACAUCUCAGAAUCUUUAUAUACGUGGGAUGAUCUCGUGGAGAGUGUUCAAGCCAGUGAUGAGGAGCUGAGAUCUGGCUUACAAGCUCUGCCAGCUGUGGAGAUUAACGGGUAUUGGAGAAUUUUAGAUGAAAAAUAUAUGGAUGGAGUUCUGAACAUGCUCCUGCACAACUCAAUUCUCAAGAACUGGUCUCUGGACGCGCUGGUAGAAAAUGAAGUUCUUCAAGUGCUGGAAGGAGACGGAUUCCCUAAGAAAAUCGCAAGGCAUUGUUUGGAAGUCUACGCGGUUAGGGAUGAAGAAGAAGAAGGCUCCGUUUGGAGAAUGGAUGAGAAGAAAAUAUGUGUACGCUUUGCAAGAGAGAUACUGAGGGGAGGGAAGAAGAUGAAGGUGGAAGGUUUCAUGGAGGAAUGGAGACGGAAGAUUCCAGAUGGUAUGGAUGCGAGUUUCGAGAUGCUUGAAGGGGAAGUGUUGACAGAAACGAUUGGGAUAGAGGCAUGGGUAUAUGCAUUUAGCGUGUCUUCGUUGUCGUCCGUUCCUGCUGAGAGGUUUCCAAAGCUUUUCCAGGAAAGGGCAAAAUGGGAAUGGAAGGAUUUGCAGCCAUAUGUCAGGGAUCUAAGGGUGCCGGGGAUGUCGCUCGAAGGGUUGCUUCUAAAGUACACGCGAAGAACGCAACCAACAGCGGAUUCAGAACCCGUAUUCAGCGCGAGAUAGAUAGAUCCAUAGAUAGAUAGAUAGAUUAAUGAAUGGAUACUCCCAACCAUUUGUAUUGCAGUGUUUGCAUAAGAGUUCUGAUCUGGAUUAAUAGUCUAUCAUUAGUUUUGUACGUUUCCCUAUAAAUAUGUUGAUAGAGCACAUUACAGUUUAACAGUUCAUAAGACUAUAUUUCUGAAGACUUGCGUCUCCUCCCUCCUAAAAUUAAACUCUCAAUUCAUUC